GAAACAUUUGAUUAGUCACGAGCUUACCUCGCCGGUGGGAAAGAGCAGCAACUUCGAUGGAGGCAUAGAAGGAGCGAAAGUUGGGAUUCUUAUUCUGAUUUUCGUUCGGUCGCUGUUUGUUUGCUCACAAGUAUGGCGGCCUUGAUCUCCAAAAGGCUACUACGUUCUUCCGGGUCCUUGCAUUUGCUACGACGACGUUGCUGUGAUUCACAUGAUAUAUACAGCAGUUUAUCUGGGGAAAGUCUGUUUUCUGCAGAACGUUCUGGCCUUCUCUUGGCCAGGUCAAUGAUCCAACGGUUUUCUACUUCUAUUUUACCUCCUAGGCCUGAUGAAGGUGCAUUUCCGUCUGAUUUAUUGUCGAAAAAGCCUCUGGCAACAUCUGAGCGUUCUAUAGGGCUUUGUCAGGAUCUUUUAAUUCCAGUUACCAACUUUCAUAAUGAAGACAAGGGCUUUAUGGUCUUAGCUGGAGAUGUUUUUGAUAUGCCUAUUCGGAAGGAUAUUAUUCAUCGUGUUGUUAGGUGGCAACUUGCAAAACGACAACAGGGAACUCACUCAACAAAAACUAUCAGUGAGGUCAGCGGGACGGGAAGAAAACCUUGGAAUCAAAAGGGAACUGGUCGAGCAAGGCAUGGUUCAUUGCGUGGGCCUCAGUUCAGGGGUGGUGCCACUAUGCAUGGCCCUAAGCCCCGAAGCCAUGCUUUCAAACUCAAUAAGAAGGUUCGACGUCUGGGGCUGAAGAUUGCUAUGUCAGCUCGUGCUGCAGAAGGAAAGCUUCUUGUGUUUGAGGAUCUGGAGCUUCCCACACACAAAACCAGGAACAUUGUGAACUAUUUCAAACAAAUGGAGGACACCAAGAAACUUCUACUCGUAGAUGGUGGUCCCAUAGAUGAAAAGUUAAAAUUAGCUACACAAAAUCUACAUUAUGUUAACGUACUUCCCUCCAUUGGCUUGAAUGUCUACAGCAUUUUGCUGCACGACACAUUGGUGAUGUCCCGAGAAGCUGUGACCAGAAUUGUCGAGCAUAUGAACACUCCAAUAAAUCGUUGAGGCAGUAACUAUUUUUUAUGCUCCACUUCAUUUACUCAGCAUUAGGAAUAGUAUCCCGUAUCCCCAUUUCUGUAAAACAAAGAGAUCCAUUGAGAAUAUCUUUUGUUUGGGGUUUCUGUUAAAAUUACAUAAGCUAGACAAGUUAUGCCA